GAGAAUUGAGAACUGCGAGUGAGAGUGAGAGUGAGAGUGAGAGAGAGACACAGCAAAAAAUUAGGGUUUUUGUUGCAGACCUAGCCGACUACAAAAAUGCCUUGCCUGAACCUGUCGACUAACGUGAGCCUGGAGGGCGUUGAUACCUCCUUCAUACUCUCUGAAGCCACUUCUUCUGUCGCCAAGCUCAUCGGUAAACCUGAGAAUUAUGUGAUGAUUGUGUUGAAAGGAUCGGUACCAAUAUCGUUUGGUGGGAAUGAGGAGCCAGCAGCUUAUGGUGAGUUGGUGUCCAUUGGGGGUCUUAACGCUGAUGUAAACAAGAAGCUGAGUGCCGCGAUUGCUACUAUACUUGAAACCAAGUUGUCUGUUCCCAAGUCACGAUUCUUCCUGAAAUUCUAUGAUACUAAGGCCCAUCAAACUCAAGAAUAUGCACAAUGUCUGCAUGCUUUACACCAGUACUAGAUCAUGGCUCCAACUUCGGAUGGAAUGGGUCUACCUUUUAGAUUCUGCUUAUACAUCUGGUGUGCUGUCUUGACAUUGUCAUGAACUCAAUGCUAUUCGUGGAAGAAACUUUAUCUGUAUGAUAAUUUGAGGUCAUAACAACUAUGGUAAUACUGUGAAGGAUUUUAUUUAAUUUUUAUGUCUGUGAUGUGCUGAACUUA